AUGUCCUGCAAACAGCUUGCCUACCUGUCAGCCUUCACGGUGUUGUUGAUGCUGCUCCUGAACGUAUCCAGUACCACAGCCGCCUCCAGCGCGUCCGAAGCAACGCACGAGGAAAACGAGGCCAAAUCGUACUUCGGUUAUCAGCCGCCGCAGCCGAAAGACUCCUACAAAAAGCUAGUGGAGGACGUGAAUGAGUUCGUGUCGCUGUACUCGGGCGAAUGGACGCGGCUUUGGGAGAAAAUCGACGCUCUACACAAGAAGCUGUACUACCGGAAGGACAAGGACUAUGGUGGCGGUGGCUACGAUUACAACAAGUUGCAGAGGAUGGAGCAGCUGCUAAGUGACCAGAAGGCCACGAUCGAUGCGCUGCGCAGCCAACGGUUACAAGUGCCAACGGCUUAA